CCCAAUUGUACUGCGGCGCAAUCUGGAGCUCGUAUUGCCGGCGCUCCGCUCAGGCGCCUUCCAGGAGGAUCUAGAGCCAGCGCUAGGGCAAUUCGGCCGGGUUUACCCCCCUCACCUGCGAGCCCAAUCCACGGAACCGCCAGCAGAGACCCCAGCUCUGGGUUGUUCCAUUGUGUUCACAUAGGUGAAUCCGCGCAGCAGCGUUAACUAAGCAAAAUGGGGAAACAGAACAGCAAACUUGCUCCUGAAGUUAUGGAGGAUCUUGUGAAGAGCACUGAGUUUAAUGAGCAUGAGCUUAAACAGUGGUACAAAGGCUUCUUGAAGGACUGUCCAAGUGGCCGGCUGAACCUGGAUGAAUUCCAGCAGCUCUAUGUAAAGUUUUUCCCAUAUGGGGAUGCAUCGAAGUUUGCCCAGCACGCUUUCAGAACCUUCGAUAAAAAUAGCGAUGGGACGAUCGAUUUCAGAGAGUUUAUCUGUGCACUUUCCAUCACCUCAAGGGGAAGCUUUGAGCAAAAACUUAACUGGGCUUUCAACAUGUACGAUCUCGACGGCGACGGAAAAAUUACAAGAGUGGAAAUGUUGGAAAUCAUAGAGGCUAUUUAUAAAAUGGUGGGCACGGUGAUUAUGAUGAAAAUGAAUGAAGAUGGCCUGACACCCGAGCAAAGGGUAGACAAGAUCUUCAGCAAGAUGGAUAAGAACAAUGAUGACCAGAUCACACUGGACGAAUUCAAAGAAGCGGCAAAGAGUGACCCUUCCAUUGUUUUACUGCUGCAAUGUGACAUUCAGAAAUGAGCCGGCCCCGGAGGCGCCUACGGACUGCACACAAGUUUCAAUGUUCCAUUCAGUUUGCAGCUAUUUCCACGAUGAAAAAAAAAAAAAUAAUCAACAAAUCCCGUAAAAUAACAAAACGACAAAAAAAAAAAAAAUUAAUUGCUUGGACUACCUGUAAAUGGACUUGCUUCUUGUGUUUGAAACACUCGUGUGCAUGAGAAUGUCAUUUGCUAAAGAAUUUUAAAAAGUAUAUAAUAUAUAUAUAUAAACAAAAAAAUCUGACUGCCACAAUGUGAAGUGUGCAAUGUAAUUUCAUACCAGUCCCAUUCCUGGAAGCCUGUGCAUCAGUUCUGUACUGCAUUUAAAUAUGAUACUAUUUAUUGUCCUACUGAUGCUAGCUUUGUGUCUCCUAUACUGUUAUUGGUAGUGACACUGAAUUCCAUGGCAAUGUAACUGUUUUAAUAGCCCAUCUCACCUGCUGUUAAGUAGUGCGUGGGCGGACCAUGGGGGCCGUUUCUCCGCCCCUAGCGCUCUGCCCCUCCCAUGUGCUUGUGAUGUUAGUGACUAUAAAUGUUUCCCAUCUGCAUGCCCUUUAGGUUUGCCUUAACUCUUACCUCAUUUUUAUUUUGCAUCCUUUCGAUAUUGAAAGAGUUGUGUCCAAGAUAAGAGAUGGAGCGAUUGAUGCAUCUGGCACAUGGCAGCCCACCAAUGGAAUAAAAGGGUGUGGCUGGGUAGACCAGUCGGCUCCAUCUGUAUGCAGUAUGAACAAAUUCAGUCCAUCUGAAAACUCCCCUAGGAAGUAAACAAAUAAGGUCCAGAUUGAGAUAUAUAUAUAUAUAUCUAUGUACAGUAUAUUUCACAAACAGAUACAUAUAUGAGAAUAUAUAUAUAUAUAUAGAUCUAGAUAUACUAUUGUUUUAUUGAGAGAGGAAACAGUAUUGGUUUUUUGUUUUUGGUUUUUUUUUUUGAAAGUGUACUGAUGAUUUCUGCCUGGAUUUUCAAAAAGAAGUUGCAAUAUACUGUAUGUUCCCGAAUAAAUUCUUUCUAACAUUUGA